AUGCCGGUGCCGCCGCUCCCCCGCCCGCCGGCCUGGAUUCGCGCCGCCCCGGUCGAUCACCACCGCGCUGGCAGUUCCUACGAAGGCGACAAAGGCACGGGGCAGAGUCUUGAUGAUGAAGCUUUCAUGCACGCGACAAAUGUGGCAAAUGAUGAUUAUGUGUCGCACAAGUAUGUGUCACAAGAAUAUGAAACCCAAUAUGGCGAUGACAAUCUUGACAUGGACGAUGAGCGCUUUGUUGCGAAUGGAAGAAGUGGAAAUUAUAUCAAUGCAGAGGAUGUGUUGAUAUGCACUACAUGGAAGAAAGUCUCUCAAGAUGCAUCCGUUGGAAGCGACCAAACGGAUUGUUUUCGAGAGAGGAACAUGAAAGGCGAGAAGAAGAAGAAGAAGAAGAAAGGAAAAUCUUUCACUUUUCAUCAUUGCUACAAAGAGCUCAAGGAUGAGGAUAAGUGGAAAACUAGAGAGACUUUUGAUGCUUCGAAGAAGAAGAGUGUGGUGAUCGAGGAUGAAGAAGAUGUCGCCGGUGAGGAGAGAAGGAGCCCCACUCCUCACUCCACAACAAAAUCUUAUAGGCCCGGUGGAAACAAGAAAGUGAAGGGAGCCAAGGCCGGAGCAAAGGCCUAUGUUGAACUUUGUUGCGAUGAAAUGCUCAUGAAGAAGCAAAUGCUCAUGAGGCAAAUGAUGAUGGGAGGAGGCAUUGGAGGUGCCAUGGGUGGCUACAUGAACAUGAUGGGAGGUGCCAUGAAUGGUGCAUUUGGCGGAAACAUGGGAGGUGGCUUCGGUGGCAACAUGGAAGGUGGCUUUGGUGGCAUGGGAGGUGGCUUCGGAGGCAACAUGAGCGGCAUGAGAGGUGGCUUUGGCGGCAACAUGAUGGGUGGCUUCGGAGGUGGCUAUGGCGACAACAUGAGUGGCGUUGGAGGUGGCUUCGUCGGCAACAUGACCAACAUGGGAGGCAAUGAAGGUGCUUCCGGUGGUGCUCCCGGCAACGAGAGUUCACCGCUUCACAACGUCGACAAAGAAGCCGAUGAUGAUGAUGAUGAUCAUACCACGAUUCACAAUGCCGGUGGUGUUGAUGACCCACAUGAAUGA